UGACAAUCCCUAGCCACGCUAGCGGCGGUCAUAAUAAAAGAUUACCUGGCUGUCCUCUUACAAUACAUCAUGUUUUGUCAUAGAUCAGCAUUGUCCAUGGUCCAUUGAUGCUGCCUGUUUACGGAUGAUGGCUGAGAGAGAGAGCGAUGCACUCCAAAAGUCGUUGCUCUAUCUUGUGACUUCGCGCGCAGCUCCUCUCUCAGCAGCUUACGGUCUACCGGUGGCGGGGCUCAAUCUGGCUCACCGUUUGGUGUGCGUACCAAUUGGACAGCUCUUCUCUCUGCGUGCGGCACUAAGGGCAGAGGACUCCCGCGGGGGACAUGGGUCCGGAGCGGUGACGGGGGAGACUGUUUUGAGCUUUUCUACCGAGCAUCAACAAAACGGGCUACACUGCCUCGGCAACGCAAUGACAGACAGAUAUGGGAACGCGUCUAAAUGACUUUUGAUUAGUACAUAAGACAGCGCUAGCUGCUAUUGGGUUUACAAAGUGCAUCAAGUUCAUUGUUACAGGAGUCAUUUUUCCGUUGAAAAGUCGCUAGUUUUCUAUUCACUCACUCUGGUGAAUGAAAGUAUGGGCUUCGACAGAACUCGCGGGAGCGCGUUUUGCUGGAGGACAUCGCUUGUGUCCAGCUUUCUCGCCCUGCACGUGAUUUCGUCCGGUGCACUAGGGACUUCUCUGCCAGGUCGCCCUGUGCUGCCCGAUGGCGUUGGGGACUCCUCUGCUAGCUGGUCCUCUGGAGGUGUGGAGGAGGCGUCCGGCUCCUCUUCCCCCCCUCCUGAGGCCCUGUCUCGGCCCAAGAGAGAGCUGCCUGAGGCGGGCAGGCCGCUCGCCAUCGCCCCCCGGAGGCCACGCUCGCACACGCAUCAGCACCUGUGGGAGCAGCUGCAGGGCGUAGGGGCAGGGCUCCCCACCCUGGCGGCCAGUCGAGCCAAUCAGCGUGCUCCGCUGGACUUCGCCGAGGACGAGGACGAGGACAACCUCAGGGAGGACGUGUGGUCUUAUGACCCACCAAUCAAGGCCGACGGUUCGCUCCUGGACCCGCCUCCACCGGUCCCGCCCCCUCACCCUCACCACCACGCUCACGGCCAAUCAGAGGACGGCGUGAUCCGCGUGGAGUUCUACGACCCCCCGUCCACCGGGGUCAUGGGUCCGGAAGGGGAGGCCCAGGAGCUUCAAGGGGGCGACCCCACUUCCUGGACGCUCUCGGACUUCUACGACUACCUGUCGCCCGACUACUCCACCACCGAGUACCCGGACGAUGACGACGGGCCCACCGUGGCUGAUAUGGAGGACGAGAAUCUCCUGAGCACCACGGCCAUAUCCAACCGCUGGGCACAGCUUCCCGGAGGGGUCACCAGUGGCGACGGAGGCCAGGGGUCAGCGGACAGCUCCAGUGGCUGUGUCCUUGGUUAUGUGCGUAGAAACGGCACGUGCCAGUCGCCGUGUGCUGUGUUCACCAACUACUGCUUCAAUGGAGGCCAGUGCUACGAGGUGGAGGGUGUUGGAGCAUUCUGCAGGUGUAAUGUGCAGGAGUACGUGUGGAAUAAAGGUACGCGUUGUGAGGCCAUCAUCACCGACUUCCAGGUGCUGUGCCUGUUAGUGGGAGGAGCUUCGCUCACCGUGCUCCUCCUCUUCAUGAUCGUCGUCUUCUUCGCCAAACGCCUCCACGUGCUGAGGCAGGAGAACACACGCCUCCGCCGCCGCAGUAAAUACCGGCCCCAGUCGGAGCAUCAUGAUAACUUCUCGGUGUCGACCAUCGCUGAGGGCUCGCAGGCAAACGUAAGGACUGUGUGUGACUCCCCGUCUAAACUAUCCCAUGCUCGCCAUCUGGCUUACUAUGAUAACAUUGUGUGUCAGGAGGAUCCUGCUAAAGAAGAAGAGCCACUGAAGACCCCAUCACUCCCAGAGACGUCGGAGGUGAAGUCGUCUCCGUCGAAGGAGGAUGAGCCACUGACAAUCCAGAACUCUGUCACCCCCACCCACGAGAACAGCAAGCCCCUCUCCCUCUCUGACGAAAAGGACCAGGCCGCCGAGGAUGGUGUAACUAUAGACCUGGAGCUCCUGCUGCCUAAGGAGGUGAAGAUGCUCCCCUCGUCUAGCCCUCCGCUGCAGUAUAACGUCUUCCUGUACAAACUCCCCAAGUCGCCCAUCCUCCGCCGCCCCAGGGGGCGCUCUAGGGGCGCAGAGGGGGGCACCAGGUCCCAGCUCACCCCGCAGCGGAGCCCCGAGCCUGGCUACAGCCCCGUCAGUACCCGCUCUCUGCCCUCGCUGGAGCCGCUGACCUCCAGACCACCCAACCCGCGGCUGGGCAAAGCCUGCACACCCUGACCGGAGCAGAACCGACCCGACUGGACCGAGACCUCAGUGCUGCACUGCAUGCUCACAUGUCCACAUGCCAAUGCUGAGACCUUCAGCACAACAUGGGCAGCAACAUAGAUAUAUAUAAAUAUACAGGGCAGCAAGCUGAUGAGGCCAGUGUGUGUGUGAGAAAGAGCAUUAGUAAAGGUGUGUGUGUGUGUGUGUGUGUGUGUCUGAGUGUGCGUGUGUGUGUGACCCUGUGUGUCACCUCAGCUCAACCACUCACAGACCUUUUGUUCUUAGUGUGUGUGUGUGUGUGAGAGUAAGUGUGACUUCAGCUCAACCACCCAUGUAUUUCUGUUCUUUAUCUCUGUGUGUGAGUGUGUGUGAGGGUGACUUCAGCUCAACCACCUGCUGGCUCUCCAUCCUGAACAAAAAUGAACUGACCACAAACUGACACUCCGUUGACAUUACAUGAAAGCCCCAACAUUGGCCGUACUGUUACUCAAACAGGGGAGAAUGCUCCCAGUCAACAACAAACACACACACACACAUGCACACGUGUCAGCUCUCGUCCUGCUCAGGUGGUGAUCUGUGCCAAAUUCGGCCCAUAUUCAGUCAUCACCAUGGUGAUGAUCUCUGAUGAUUGUCUGAUCUCCUGGGGUGGAAUAGGAGACAGAGGAAGAGACGAAUGACAACUGUCCCUGUGUGUGUGUGUGCUUGUCUUGCCUGUCAAGAUACUCUCAGACACUCCUGUACACACACUCCACCGAUAUGAGCCAUAAUCAUAGUCUCAACAGAGGAAUAUAAACACACACACACACUGACAAUGUAACUAAAUUUCUGUACAUAGUAACUUUUAACUGACAGACUACAGACUGGACAGUGACAUUUACAACAGUUUCAGGGUAAUGCACACUAAUUUCUGUACACUAACAAAUAACAAGGUGCUUUUUUCAUGUUAUUGUAAUAUGGAAUAUUUGAUUAAUCCCUGUUUUGUUUUUCAAAAUAAAAUGUAUGUAUUCCAAUUUU